GGGGCGCAGGGACACAGCUGCGUGGGGAGACCUCGGGACUUUCUGUAGUUUAACAGAAUAUAUUGAAAGAAACACGCGGGACGGAUCCGCAGCCGCGCCCGGAACAGCAUUUACUUUGGAUUUGAUUUAAUUUUGUCUUGUCUCUCUGCAGUUUUCCAACACCGGGGGACUAAUUCUCCGCGCCGCCCACCAAAAUGCUGACUCCAUGCUGAGGGGUCGGAAAAUGAACGCCUCGUCCUGCUGCGCCGCCCCCGUCGCCAUGUAUCAGCAGAGCUCACGCUCUGACCUCAAUGCCAGCUGCGACCUCUUGGCUCCUCGCUGCAACUGGACGGCCGUGGACGGGACCCCGCAGCUGCCCACGUUUUCCACGGCGGCGAAAGUCAGAGUGAUCGUCACCUUCAUCCUGUGUGGCGUGUCCACCCUCUGCAAUGUGGCAGUGCUCUGGGCGGCCAGCGGCCACCGACGCAGGUCUCACGUGCGCGUGCUGAUCGUGAACUUGACCGCAGCCGAUCUCUUGGUCACCCUCAUCGUGAUGCCCGUGGACGCCGCGUGGAACAUCACCGUUCAGUGGCUGGCCGGCGACCUGGCCUGCAGGUUCUUGAUGUUCCUCAAGCUGCAGGCCAUGUACUCCUGCGCUUUUGUCACCGUGGUGAUAAGUCUGGACAGGCAGUCGGCGAUCCUCGACCCCCUGCAGAUCAGCAUGGCUCCGAAGAGGAACAGGGUCAUGCUGACGGUGGCGUGGAUAAUGAGCGCUCUUCUCUCCAUCCCUCAGGUCUUCAUUUUCCACAACGUGACGAUUACCUAUCCAGCAAACUUCACUCAGUGCACCACUAGGGGGAGCUUCGUCACUCACUGGCAGGAAACUGCCUACAACAUGUUCACCUUCUCCUGGCUCUUCCUGCUGCCUCUGGCCAUCAUGAUCACCUGCUACAGCCGGAUCUUCAUCCACAUCUCCAAGCAGAUGACAAAAAAGAAUGUGUCCUCUGAUGAACCGCGUCUCCGCUGCUCAAAGAACAACAUCCCAAAAGCUCGGAUGAGAACUCUGAAGAUGAGCGUCGUCAUCGUGGUCUCCUUCAUCGUCUGCUGGACUCCGUACUACCUGCUGGGACUCUGGUACUGGUUCUUCCCCGACGACCUGGAGGGGAAAGUCUCGCACUCCCUCACCCACAUCCUGUUUAUCUUCGGGCUUUUCAACACCUGCCUCGACCCGAUCAUCUACGGCCUCUUCACCGUGCGCUUCAGCAGGAGGCCGAGGAGCCGCAGGGCCACCGUGAUCUCCAGGCUGGACGCCAAGCCGGCGACGGCGGAGUCCGUGAAAUGCACUCUGCCUGGAGGAUCCGCGAAGGGUGGAAGGGACGGCAGCUGUGAACCAAAUGAGCAAAAAUCCACCGACAGCAGGCUCUGAAUGCGUGCAUCCACUGACGAUGGGGGGGCACAGAAAGCAAUAUAUGAAGAGAAACAAAAGCAAGAAAUGUAACUUUUAUUUGUCAUUGUUACUGGACU